CCUAAUCAGUCUCACGUUUUCAAAUUUUUUGUGUUUUCUCUAAUGGGAAACUGCUUAAGAUCUCACGCUGAGACGGAGCUCGCGGCUGAAGAGAAGAACCCGUGGCCUAUCAUCGAUGUAUAUGAUACGAAAGGACAACCUUCACCAGCAGAGAAUGAAGCCAAGGACAGGGAAGAGAUCAUCCCACGACCAUGUUUGAAAAGCUACAGCUUUAACGAGCUUAAAAUCGCCACCGGGGGUUUUCGCAAAGACCACGAAUUAGGAGAAGGUGGAUUUGGCCCGGUCUAUAUGGGCUGGGUCCAUGAACACUCACUGGAACCCGUUAGACCCGGAUCCGGUAUGGCUGUCGCAAUUAAGAUGCUUAGACAAGAAGGCUUUCAGGGUUAUAAACAAUGGGAGGCAGAAGUUAAGUAUUUAGGCAAAGUGAAUCAUCCCAAUCUUGUAAAGCUUAUUGGAUACUGUUCAGAGAAUGAUCAAAGGCUUCUAGUAUAUGAGUACAUGCCUCGAGGGAGCUUAGAAGAUCAUCUUUAUGAUGAUGAUCCGAACACCCAACCGCUUUCAUGGAGCCGUCGGUUGAAUAUUGCUCUUGGUGCUGCAAGAGGACUUGCUUAUUUGCAUCAGCCUGAUAUUAAAAUUAUACACCGCGAUUUCAAGACAUCUAACAUUCUACUUGAUGUGGAUUUCAACACUAAGCUUUCCGACUUCGGAUUGGUUAUAGAAGGUCCAAACAAUGAUAAGACACACCUCUCGCUCUCUAGAGUUUUUGGGACAUACGGAUACGUAGAUCCUAUGUACAUGAACACAUGUAAAUUGACAGCAAAGAGUGAUGUGUAUGGAUUCGGUGUCGUCCUUCUAGAGAUAUUAUCGGGGCGACGUGCCCUAGAUUGUAGCAAGCCAAGGGCGGAACAUGAAUUGGUGAAAUGGGCAAUGCCUUAUUUUAAAAAUAAGUUGCAUUUUUUGAAUAUUGUUAUGGAUAAGAGGAUAUAUGGGCAAUAUUCACAAAAUGAAGCAUUAAAGGUUGCUCAAAUUGCAGGACUUUGUUUGUCAUACGAUCGUAAGCAGAGGCCUAAUAUGAGUGAUGUGGUGACUGCAUUAGAAUUUAUUCAGGGGGGUGAAGGAUCAAGUUGAGAUAUUUUCUUUUCCCCCUCUAAUUCUAAGUUUCCGUAAUUAGAGUUUCCAGAUUCGUAUAUCGAAUAAUACGUUGGAUAUUAGGAUGUAUUGCAUUUUUGUUAGGUUUUUUCAUCUUUUUGUUAGAUCUUAUUCAUGCUUUUCCUUUAUUGGAGUUCACAGCCAAAGUUUGAAAAAUAGGCUACUCAUUUUUUUUUCCUCUUUGGUUUUUCUAAUGCGUGUUAAUGGACACUUGUCAAGAAAUG